CGGGGCCAGAGCCUCGUGCAGCACACGGAGCUCAGACGCGUGUCCUCCUCUGUCUCGGUCCAUGUUCUGGUUCUGGCUCGAUCCUCCACACAAAUGACGGACACGGUGAAAGAGUCCGGCUCCGCUCCGGCGGAGGAGCUGCUGGCGCUGAACCCGGCGGAGCAGCAGGACUUCAGGAGGAAGGUGAAGGAGGCCAAGAAGAACAGGAAACAGGACAACAAGCUGGUCCCGGGCGUGGUCUACGUGGGACACCUCCCCCUGGGCCUGUUCGAGCCGCAGCUGGAGUCCUAUUUCCAGCAGUUUGGGACGGUUCUGAGGCUCCGGCUCUCCAGGAGCAAGAAGACGGGGGGCAGUAAGGGCUACGCCUUCGUGGAGUACGAAUGUGACGAGGUGGCGCAGAUCGUCGCAGAGACCAUGAACAACUACCUGAUGGGGGAGAGGAUCAUCAAAUGUCAUGUGGUUCCUCCAGAGAAGGUGCACGAGAAGCUGUUCGUGGGCUCUCAAAGGGAGUUCAAGAAACCCUCGCUUCCCGCGGUGGCGCGCUACAACAAGAAACACUCGGAAGAGCAGAUCGCCAAGAUGACAGAGAAACUGCUGCGCAAGGAGUCGAAGCUGCGGAAGCGGCUGGCGGCGCGAGGCAUCGACUACGACUUCCCCGGAUUCGCGGCCCAGGUUCCUCAGAAGAAGAAGUCCGAAGGCUUAAAUGCAUCGUCCUGCAGCGACGACACCACACCGGCCUGCACGCCGUCCUUCCUACAGAGGAGGAAGUCCACGGUCGCGGACGAUGACGCAGACGACGAGAUCGUCCUCAAGCUGCCGGUGAAGGACGAGGAUGAAGAGGAGGAAGAUGAAGAAGAGGAGGAUGACGAUGUCUCGGGCAGCGAUGAAGACGAGGAGGAGCAGUGAUGGUCCUGAGUUGGAUUUGGACUUUGAUGGUCAAAGCAGAAAUACAAACUUCAGGAUCACAAAUGGACUUUGGACAAUGUUCAAAAUAGUGUGUGCUGUUACCAUGGGUACAAGGCUGUGGGCGGGGGGAAGUAUUACUGUGGUGGCGUCGGCUGAGGCGUUGGAACGUGAAAGACUGAAGACACGUGACGAUGUUGAAGCUAAUCAGUUCGUUUUUAUGAAUAAAAGAUGUCGACAUUUAUCUUUAUUUCCUAACUUAAAGUGUCCAGGCAGUUUUGAAAGCUGACAUUUGUAAUAAAGAAUAAAGCCAUUUUAAUGUGGUCUACAAGUCACAAAUUAACCAACGUUUAAAGACAAUUUGAGUUAUUACCUUAAGAAUUAUGUUUUGUUUUAAGUUCAGCGUAUUUAUUUUCUGGCACAUUUUUAUAUAAAAUGUUUUAAUUUCCUUCCA